GUGGUUUCCUUUCGCUUUCAGAAAUCAUUUCGCUUCGACAACGUGGACGAUAAAGUCACAGAUCGCGCAUCGCAGCGCCCGCUCUGCCGCAAAACCCGCCAUCGUCUUAGCCAGCCUCCUCCGUGCGUGCGAUCCAUGUGAAAAUCGACAUUAACUUUUAGCUUAAUUGCUCUGGAUUAACAUAUUGGAUAUCAUCUCGACAUUGGAUAAUUAGAAUCAAAGGAUAUGUGGAGCUUUGAUUGUAAAAUGAUUGCCUUCCUUUUGGCAAUAACGGCGGCGACACUUUGGAGCAACUCCGGAUCCGCUUAUGCUCAAUUGCUCGACGAGGACGAUGACCUGGCCUUCGGCAGACCAUGGCCCACAUACAGCCUGCAGAACAUGCCGAAGACACAGUUCACCUGCCACGACAAGAUCCUGGGCGGCUACUACGCCGAUCCGGAGACCCAGUGCCAGAUGUUUCACGUGUGCGUGAAGCUGCCCGGAGUGGGGCUGCUACACCGAAGAGUUAAUCCGUUUGUCCAACAGGUGCAGGACUACCGCUUCCUCUGCCCCAACACGACGGCCUUUGACCAGGAGCUUCAGAUCUGCGCCAACUGGGCGGACGUGGACUGUGACAAGGCCACCUCCCUCUACGACAAGGGUGAUUUGAACGAUCUCUACCGCGGCGUGGAUGACAGCAAGGCCGCCCACGAGGAGGAGGCCACCUUCCACCUGCAGCGCGCUGAAUCUGGCGAUGUGCGUCGCUCGAAGGAGAACCACAAAAACAACAUCAACAAUAACCGCGGUGCGGAUCAAAAGUCGCGCCCUCGCCACAAUUACGCUCAGGCAGGUGGCAGCUCCGCCGUGGGUACCAGCUCCAGCUCCAGUCCCAAUUUGGAGAUCACGCAACCCACCAGGCGACCCAUUUCCACCUAUUAUACACCGUCAACAUUGGGCAGCACCAGCACGACCACGACAACCACAACAACCACCUCAACGGAGAGAAGCUAUUACAACCAUAACAACAACUACAAUACAAAUUACAACAACAAUUACAGCAGCAACAAUGACGACUCGAAACAAGACGUAGAUGAUAUCUUCAAGGGUUCCCACAGUUCGCACUUCUUCUCCAACCGGCACGGAGGUCGGGAGUACGACGAGGAGACGCCCUCCUCCUCGUCGUCAUCGUCACGUCCCAAGCCCAAUGACUUGGGCGACUAUCAGCGCAAAACAACGCCGCGAGUCACGCCCUCGACCCGAGGACCCAGACCCAGCACCACCACCUCUACCACGCCGGCGACCACAAAAGCCCUGAAGAAGAUCACCCUGCAUGCCACGUUCAACACGGACUUCCUGGACUCGAAGGUCACCACUCCACGUCCCAGUAGCAGCAUCACCAGUCGGUUUAGCUUCGGUUCCAACGACUUCGCCACCCAGGAACGGAUUCAGCCCACAACAUACAAUCCAAAUAAUGGCAACUACAGGUUUAAGACCACUCCGCCACCAUCCUUCUCCUCUUCGACGAAGGUCACGGGCAAGGGUGUCCAGGACUUUGAUAAGCCACGCUCCAAGCCCACGGUAGCGAUUGUACGGAAAAAGUUGGGGCCACAGGAAUCGAACUACAUAAAUCAUAAUGAGUUCGCUGAUCUGGCCAAGCCCCAGCCAUUCCAGGCCCAGGGGCAGGUUUCAAAGAAAUCCAACCAACUGGAGCCACACUAUCAGAGGCACAAGCCGCAGGUGACCAGAGUGGGGGCCCAGGAGCCAGCACCCUUCUCGGCACCCAGCUCUAAGCCAAGAUCUUUCACGAGUCGUGGUAGUAUUACCUACAAGGCCACCACGGAGCGUUACGCAGAUGGGGAGAUCUAUAACCCAACCACGGCAGUCACACCUAAGGCCAAGGAAGCCUUCACGCCGACUACCUUCCGUCCAACCACCUACAAGAAGCCUUAUGAGUCCUCCACUCAUUUCACCCACCGUCCCGCAGCGCAGUUGGUAACCAAGAAGUUGGCUGCACCGACCUCUCCCGCACCAACCACUGCCAACCCCUACUACAACGUGGACGAGGACGACGGCCAGUACCACCCGGAGCUGUAUGAGAACGACUUCCCGCGUAACCGUUUCAAGUUCUUGAGGAACCGCUCCUCUAGUUCCACCUCGACUUCAACCACCAGUGCUCCGGCGAUCUCCAGCAGGCAGCCCCACGGUUUCCAGCAGGCUCACAGUCACCUGAAGAGUCAGCAGCAGUCUAUCUACCAGAGGGAGCGCGAGAGGGAAAAGGACUCGGAUCUCUCCGACGAGGAUGAGCUCUUCAAGACCGCGCAGUCCUUGAACUUUGGGGCUGCCAGCAUCAACAAGCUGAGGGCGGACAUCUAUAAGGCGGAGAAGACCUCGCAGCAGUAUAACUCGCAGUACAGUCCCCAGCUGGCGUCAUCUAGUCCGCAGGCCAGCAGCACUAGCACCACAACAGCCACCACCACUACCACCACCACAACCCAACCACCUAGCACCACCAGGCGACCCACGACUCUGAGGACCACCAGUACAACGACUGCUCCGAGUCAGGAGGCCAAGAAGUCCGUGAAGAGCAAAAAGGAGCAGCAGCUGGAGAAGAAGGAAAAGGAGAAGCCAGCCGGAAAGCGGCCACCACAUGCGGACGAAGACACCAGCUACGACUACGCCUACUACGACACCGAUUGAGCGGGUGAACCAGCUCCUAAUCCUAACUAACUACAUUCCAUAGAACACCCAUUUCCGGAUACCACAUCUAGCAGCAGUUACAUAGGUGCCACAGUAUUUUAAAGACAGAUCCGACACCCACUCCAUAUCCCAUUACAUAACAUUAUCUUAUCCGGUUUAUCGCUUCGACAUCCAUUAACACUCGCGUACAUUCAAUCAAUAAUCAGUUUCAGUUUCAGAUGCGUUCUAAUGAAUUUCCAUGCGUGUAUCUAGUUAUUUAAAUAAAGCGAAUAUAUAUUUUUA